AUGUCAGACCACAACUCAGCCUCUGAUUCAGAGUCCAACAAACAACCUCCAGCAAAUGAAGAAGAGGUUGCUGUCCUGCAGUCUUAUCUCGAGCAAUGGCGCUCAGCUGCUCCAUCGGAGCGUAAGAAUAUCUUGAGAGCAGCUACAAUGGAAGCCCAGACAAAAGCACUGGUAAUGUCCAUCAUAUUGUCCAAGGCUCGCAAAGCGACAUAUGAGACAUGGUUCCGGAACCAUGCAAAGGCCAAGAAACAAGGGAAACCCCUGAUCAAGAUGGGGCAGAAAUGGACCGAGAGAAGUGUCAUAGACACGCUCCGGAAGAAGGAGCUGUUGAAAAAAAUCGAGGACGAGACUGGUGCGAAACCAGGAACAAAGGAGAUGAUGAACCAUUACACGACCUUAAAGAAGCCAAAGAGACAGCCGACUGAAUGGAAUAGUGAGGGCAUUCCGGACGAUGUAAAAGUCGAGAUCGCAAGAAAGAAAGGCGACAAUAUGAUUCGACACUUUGCAUCGGAGAUGUGGAACCGCGCCAGGAUCAGGGUGUUCGUGUUGUCAGCUUGGAAGGAUGGGGAGAGCAAGGUCCAGGUGUCCGGACAUGACUAUAACCAAGAGUUUGGGGGUGCCGAGUCGUUCAUGAAGACUCAGAACUGGAAAGUGAUCGAGCCAGAAUGGGACGUGUAUGCUGCAAGUGUAUUCGAGGGCAAUGUGGACAAAAAUACCGUUGCUCGGAAGAGGGGUAGACAGGACAACACGUAUAGCCUUGACAUCGGGGAUGACGGGUAUCCUGUAAUCCCUGCAUGUGCGUCCAUGGAUUUAGAUACAAAGAAGGCAGUUGUCUGGGCAUUUUUGACAUGGCAUUACAGGAGGUGUUGCGGGGACCCCAAAGUCUCCGUCCCAUGGAAAUAUGUGAUACCCAGGUACAAAAAGAUCAUUCCCGUACAAUAUCUUCCAGAAGGUCACGAUCUCGCUGAGCCAUCGAAAUUAAGGCAGGUCCACGCCACAGAGCUUUUACGGUUUUGGCAUAGCAGACAGGAGGAAGGUGAAGAGCAUGUCUUCGAAUUCAUAGGAUGGUGGGACAAUGAUAGCCAGGACAUCGUCCUUGCAACCGACCAAGAUGGACGUGUCACUAGCCGGGCGCGGCCAAUCACCCAGACGAAGAAAUCAUCCGGAUCAAAGCAAAAGCAGCCCGGUUAUCACGGGCAAUCUACGGCUGGACAAUCUUCUGGUGAAAAGGUGAAGGACAAUAAGCCAGCCGCUGCACGUCGUGCCGGAGUCAAGGUAGUGAAGAGCGCCUCAUCUUCAUCACCCCGAAACAAGAGCGAGAAAUCUAAGAACAAACUCAAGUCAUCCGAGGAGGAUAUUCACUACACAGGGACGGCAGAUGAUAGGUCUUCUGGUGAACUAUCUGAGGACUCGGAUGAUGAUGUGCUACCUCCCGAGAAAGGAAGGCGAAUGGAGGGGAAGAACUUGCGUAGGGGGUCACAAACCCGCCGCCACCAAGCAGCUCUCAUGAGUAGCAGUGACUCUGAAAGCGAGGUCGAACAAGAUGUCCCUUCAAAGGCGAUUGCGGCUUCGGACAAACAUGCCAGGAAGGACAUGGCCCCAAAUAUUAAGGCUCGGACCCCCUACAUAAGCUCAACGGAGAGCAGGGCGCUGGUUAGUCGAGAAAAGGCAGCUGUGAAACAGAAUGCAAAGGGUACUGCAUGCGAUCGAAUCUAA